AUGCAGGCGCUCCUACUCCCAUCGCGGCUGCCGCCGCCGCUGCUCCGGCAGCGAGGGCUUCCCGCUGUUGCGUCGCUCGCCAGCCAUCCCCUCAACGGAGCUACCCUCCCUACUGGGCGCCUCUGCUUCGGGGGCGGCGAAGCCGCUCCACGGCGCCUCACUGUGGCGGCGGCGGCGUCCUCGUCUUCGUCGGGCCCUCUCUACCCGCCGCCUCCCCCCACCGAGCAGACAAUUGAGCGCGCCAAGCUCGAGCAGGUUAUCAAGAGGCUAGAGAAAACAGCUAGGUAUUUCAAGAAUUUGGGUACCCUAGGGUUCUGGUCCCAGUUGGUGUGCACGUUUGUUUCUGCUGGAAUUUUGUCAUUCUCCACAGUUGUUACCGGGAAGGUUACAUCACCCUUUACAUUCUACACAACUGCUGCUGGCGUUGCUGCAGCUUUUAUUUCAGUCUUCUGGUCAUUUGGCUACAUCCGUCUUUCUGAAAGACUUCGGAAAACAGCAAGCGCACCCGCAAAGAUAUACUUCAGAUAUGGUUUUCUUUCAGAUUCGAAUAUUAAACUGUGGACUGAUUUCCAGGCUCCUCCACGGGCUGAUGUGAUUAAAAGUCUGAAAAAUGGCAUUGUGCUCAAUAUUCUUGGGAUGGGCGCAGCUGUUCUCGGUAUGCAGGCACUUGUUGGUGCUUUGGUAGCAAAAGCCCUUACUACCUCCGCAGUCCCCUAUUAUCAGGCAACUUCCGCCGGCCAAAGUCCUGUUUUGGCUCUAGAUGUAUUCCUGGUUCAGGCCUCAGCAAACACCAUACUGUCGCAUUUCCUAGGUGUGGCGACUUCCCUGGAGCUGCUCCGUUCCGUGUCAAUCGCCCCGACCGAGCCUGCUGCGACAUGA